ACACAGCGUCGCUCUUCUGCAAAUCUCUCUCUCUCUCUCUCUCUCUCUCCCCUACUCUCUAACCCGCGAAACCCUAACCCUAGCGUCUGGAAGCCUCUUCCAUGGCUUACCAGACCAGCGAUCGCGAAUCAGGAUCCGAUUCCAAUAACCAAACACGCCUCUACAACCCCUACAAGGAUCUUGAAGUUCCCAUACGAAACCUCUACCACCUCCCAACCUCCCCCGAGUUCCUCUUUGUCGAAGAAGCUCGCCGCAAGCGUCGUUCCUGGGGAGAGAACCUCACCUUCUACACUGGCUGCGGCUACCUCGCCGGAGCCGUUGGUGGUGCCGCCGUCGGCCUCGUCGACGGCGUCAAAUCCUUCGAGUCCGGCGACAGCGCCAAGCUUAGAGUCAACAGGGUUCUGAACUCGUCCGGUCACUCGGGUCGAGCGUGGGGUAACCGUCUCGGAGUCAUAGGGUUGCUUUACGCCGGCAUUGAGAGCGGGAUUGUGGCGGCGAGAGACACCGACGAUGUGUGGAACAGCGUUGCGGCAGGACUCGGCACCGGCGCGUUGUAUCGAGCAGCCAGAGGGGUGCGAUCGGCGGCGGUUGCGGGUGCAGUUGGCGGCGUGGUGGUUGGAGUUGCUGUUACGGCGAAGCAGGCAUUGAAACGUUACGUGCCUAUAUGAGAACGUCACUUUGUGGCUAGAACUCGUUGAAGGAUGGAUAGCCUCUGUUGUUAUUCGCUUCGGAUUUAUUCUGAACUUCAAUUUCAAUACGGAAGUUAUUUUUUUCAAGUAUUGUUUUAGCAGCUUCCUGUGUUUUUCGUUUCCCGGACUAUUUUUUUCCUGCAAUUGAUUUGUUCCUUAGCAACCUAAACGUUAUGUUGUUUGUCUCUAUUUUUGUGUUGGAUUUGUUAAGUGAUAUAUAAAUAAAUGUGAUUGAAC